GCCGCCUGACUCCCCCUCGCCGCCGCCACGCGAUCCGAGCCACGUGAUUCGCUACUGCGACGUCGAGAGCGACGACGAGAGCGACGGCGAGAGCGACGGCGAGUCGUCGGGCCCCAGCUCUGUGGUGAUGGAGCCCAGCGCCGGCGAGGUGUACACCAUCGUCGAGGAGGAGGAGGAGGUGGGCAGUCCCACGGCCGCCGACGGUGUCUCGCGGCGCAGGACGACAGGGGAGCUGUCGCAGCCGGAUGCGCUCGGCGACGCCCGACAGAGGUCUCAGCUGGUCAGCCAGAGGUCCCUGGAGGGCGCGCGCCCGCCGGACGCCUUGGGGCUGACGUCACAGCCCGGUCACGGAGCAAGCGGCAACGCCCACAGCUCCGCCGGCGGGCCUCCGAGCUCGAUGGGCGCCGCGUUCUCGGCGCUGCAGUCCUCGUCUACGGCCGGUCCGCUGGGGGGUGGAGUUGCCGCCGCCAUCAAGGCGCAGACUGCGCCUGGCGGCUGCAGCUAG